AUGGGCUGUUUACACAGCAGAGCCAAAUGUGCUAGUAAUAAGGAGGUUCUUGAUUCCAACGGAACCCGGGAAAACUCAAAAGAGGUCGAGUUGUCCUUCUACAGUUUACAGUGCGAGAGGGAUAUCGGCCUGACACAGAAGCAAGUGUUUUCCUUUAGGCAGUCGUGGAAAGGAAUCAAGCGGAGAAUGGAAGAUACCGGCGUGGAGAUGUUUGUGAGGCUUUUCAAGACCAAUGCAAGUCUUCAGAAGAUGUUUCAAGGGUUCAAAGACAUUCGAUCUGACGAUGAGCUACGCUCAAACGAGGCCCUGGAGUACCACGCCACACUGGUGAUGACUACGUUGGACGAUGCUAUCACGCAUAUUGACAACUAUGAUUAUGUCCGGCAGCUCUUACAAAAAACCGGAGCAUCGCACGUCAAGUUUAUCGGCUUCCAGCCCGACAAUUUCAUGGCUAUUAAGGAGCCCUUCCUGGAGGCUGUUAAAGUCACACUGGGAGACCGUUACACGGAGAAUAUGCAGAACAUCUACACAAUUGCCAUCACCUUCAUUCUGCAGUCUCUAGUUGGAGGUAUCCAAGAGGCCUUAGCGAAAGAGCAGGACGAGAAACGAGGCAGCAAUGGCGUCGUUUGA